AUGGAUAUCUUCAGAAUAUUGACCAGAGGUGCUUCCAUCCGCAAGGACAAGCAGCCCAGCGGUGGAUACGCCAAGCCUAAAGUGAACGAAAAGCAAAAAGCGGAGUCCUUACAGCAUCAAGUCGAAAAGGAAGUGGACUUUUUCCACACCAAAUCACACAAGGUGGAAUUAAAGGAGCUCGAAGAGCCAGAAGUCAUCACAGAGGGCUCAGAAGAGAAACCCGUUGUCCAAGCACCCCAAAAGAUCAAGAACGCAGAAGAUGCCUUAGCGUUGAGAACUGCCAACUCCUCUAAAGUCACGGGUGAAGACAUUCCAUUGCCUAUUGGAUCGUUCCAUGAUUUGACCGGUAGAUUCAACCUCGACCCCAAACUUCUUAGCAACCUUAUUGAGAAUGAAUUUGUCGAGCCAACUCCCAUCCAGUGUGAAUCCAUCCCUAUUACUUUGCAUGACCGUGAUCUUAUUUCUUGUGCACCAACUGGUUCCGGUAAAACAUUAGCAUUUUUGAUCCCUUUGAUCCAGCAAAUCUUGGAGUCCAAGGGCUCGGACGAUACCAAGAACCACGGGAUCAGAGGAUUGAUUAUAUCUCCCACCAAUGAAUUGACCAUCCAGAUUUUCCAACAAUUACAGAACCUUACCAAGGGUAAGAAACUCACAGUUGGAAUCUUGCUGAAGCAAUUGGCAUCCAAGUUAUCCAACAAGAUCGUUACAGCCAGCAAAUUUGACAUUUUGGUGUCGACUCCGUUGAGAUUAAUCGAGUUGGUCAAGAACGAAACUGUGGACUUGUCCAAGGUUGAACAGUUGAUCAUUGAUGAAGCAGACAAGUUGUUCGACAAGGGUUUUGUGGAGCAAACUGACGAUAUACUAUCCAACUGUACUUUGUCGACCAUUCGUAAAUCGAUGUUUUCUGCCACCAUUCCUUCCGGAGUGGAAGAAAUGGCCCACUCCAUCAUGAAGGAUCCCAUCAGAAUUAUCAUUGGCCACAAGGAAGCCGCCAGCAAUACCAUCGACCAGAAGUUGGUGUAUACUGGAAAUGAAGAAGGAAAAUUGUUGGCAAUCAGACAAAUGAUCCAGCAAAGUGAAUUCAAACCUCCCGUCAUCAUCUUUUUGCAAUCCAUCCACAGAGCCAAGGCGUUAUUCCACGAGUUGAUUUAUGAUAAGCUUAACGUGGACGUGAUCCACGCCGAAAGAACCCCCAAACAAAGAGAAGAGGUGAUAAAACGUUUCAAGAACGGAGAUAUCUGGGUGUUGAUUACCACUGAUGUUAUAUCCAGAGGUGUGGAUUUCAAGGGGGUGAAUUUGGUCAUCAACUACGAUGUUCCCCAGAGUGCUCAGGCAUAUGUCCAUAGAAUCGGUAGAACCGGUAGAGGAGGCAGAGAAGGUAAUGCAGUGACAUUUUUCACCAAAGAAGACGACAAGUUGGUCAAGCCUAUCAUCAACGUGAUGAAGCAAUCUGGGUGCAAGGAUGGAUACAGUGGCUGGAUGGAGAACUUGGGCAAGUUAACCAAGAACGAGAAGAAGGAGGCCAAGAGAGGUCAAUUGAAGAGAAAGCAAAUCAGUACUGUUCCAAAGGUGAUCAAGGAUAAGAAGAGAAAGAAGGAGAGAAUGAUCGAGGACAGCAAGAGAAAGUUUCAUGGUGAACAGGCGUGA